CAUCUCUUGGAAGUGCAGAGGGGAAUGUUGCUGCAAACAAGAAUAUUGAGGCUAGUGAAACCCACAUUGAUGUACGUAAUUUUUCCUCUGGCGUUAAUUCCUCGCCAACUUCUUCGGUCCCCAGCAAGUCCUCUUAUGUUCCAAUGGAGCGACAAACCUCCGCACAAUCUCACUCACCUCGUCAAGGUACCCGUGGGCACCUGUUGGAAGUUGAAGCUACUCCUAUCCACUGUUCAGGAGCAGAGCAACUUAAACCAAGUUUGGAACUCAAGCAAACAGUCAUUUCUCUCCCAUCUGAUGUACGGAAACCAACAAUGCCCACUGAUGAUGAUGAUCUGCCUGAAUUUGACUUCAAUACUGCAUGUGGGAUUUCUCUAACUCUAAGGAGCAAGCCUUUGGAUGCUGCUAUGCUUGGCAAACAACUUCCAGAUGAAGGAAUUAAGAAUAUUAAUGCAUCAGGACCGCCAAGUAUGCCUGUUGUACAGUCGAUUCCUGUUUCCAGACAAAGAUUGGAUAGUUCUAUUCUUUCCAGGAUUCCUUCAGUUACCAGCCAAGGAAUGCCUCCACCGAAAGGGGUUAGUGAGCGUGAGUCCCAGAUCCCUGCUUUCCGCAAUUUGCAAGACAAUGUGGGUGUCCAAAGCAAAGUGACUCCAACAUCAGUAAGUGCUGCUGCAUUGGCCUCAUCAAAGGAUUCAUUUAAUGAAUUGCCUCAGAAGAAGAAUCUUUUCGAUGAUGAUGAUGACAUGCCUGAAUGGUGCCCCCCAGACCCCCACAAGAUAUCACUGGGAGAAGAAAUCAAACCAUCAGCAGCUUUUUCCUCUGAAAUAUCCAUCUCAGUUUUCCAAAACAUAUCUCCAGGCCCUCGACGACCUCUACUCUCAUCUCCAUCCACAACUGCAACACGUCCACCAUUUUCCUCCCAAGCAUUCCCUCGUGCAUUUCAUUGUCCAACAUCGACAAAUAUGAAGGCACCACAACACAAACCGUUUCCAAGUGGUCCGAAUCUGUUAAUGAGGUUCAAUUCUAAACCACUCUUUAGGCCUCUUUCCAGUUCAGCUGAUGUCAAACUUCCAUCCCAACCUUCUGGUAGAAGAGGUUGGAGGCCUUGAUACGAAGAUUGGGAAACAAGUUCUCAAACGACCUUGAAUUUGUUUGGAACUGUUCUGACAUCGUAGGAACGCUGCUUCGUAGAGAUCGACUACGAAGUAAUGUUCCCAGUAGAAAGCUCAAGUUGUAUAUAAUUUUAGGAAUUUGAUAGCAGGUUCACAUCAUGGUCUGAGGUUUGCUAUAGUAGUUGUUUCUUAGGUCUUCAUUAUUGUUACAAUACUCUGUUCAAAGUUGGAAAAACAAGUGUUUUAUAUCAUG